CGCUGCAGACCCGCUGACCGUGUUCUGUAAACCGUCAGCCAUCUGCCGCAGUCAGUUAGCUCCAGCGGGAAUGGAAAAUGGAGGAUUGACCGAUCAGCGAGGGCAUAUCAUCGGUAUUUCUGACAUGUAGAUCCUUUAUCCGUGUACCAAGACCGAUGAUUACUGCUGCGAAGCAUUUGUUUUGUUUGAGGAAGCACUCUGAUCCUCACUGCUGAACUGCAGACAUUCAGUUUGAAAAUAGUGAUUGACUCCAUCAUCUAUGGAGAAGAAUGUGAGCCCUGAGCUCUCUCUAGCUCCUGAGCCAGAGCAGAGCCAGGACCGUAUGGAUAGCUGCUCUCAAGGUUGUGGAGAAGGUGAUUGCGAGCAGAAGGAAAAGUUUCACACCAAAAGCGAUAAUGUGGCCAAAGAGGCACUAGAGGAGCCAGACAAACCUUCCAAGGGAAACACAGAAUUAAAGAAGACCUGGGGUUUCCGACAGUCCACCGUUGCAAAGAGAGAGAUGCCGGUGGAGGCAGCAACCGACGGUUCAGAGAACCGCUGCCCUGUACGUCGCAGUGGCAGGCAGUCUAAGCGAACUGACAAACUAGAGGAAUUCCUCUUGACUGCAAAAAGGGGGUCAAGAAAGAGCGCCCCUCCCAGUCUGGAAAGCGGAGACCCUCCUUCCCAAACCCCGACUGAUGCAGAGACUGCCUCAGAGGCCAGCUUCGACGGUAACGCCGACUCCAAGGUAGAGUCACCAGAGAGGAGGACGAGAAGCAGUGCAAGGAAGCAGGCGCAACGGAAAACUCGAGGCAGACAGACCCGAGGGGGCGGUGGAGUGACGGUCAAAGAUGAAGGAAGCUCUGAGAAUGAGGAGGACGACAAAGAUGCUGCCAAUAAGAACCAGUUACCAGAGGAAAAAGACGAAAAGAGUUCUCCCAGUCCUGAAGACACGGGGAGCACAAAUACAGUACAGCCCCAGCUAGAGCCGAACUCCGAGAAGACGCAGAUUGUCAAAGAGAAGAACGAACAUGGAGAUAAAAACGACAAAGUUGAAGCAGAGACUGACGAAGACAACAAAGACAAGCCUGCGGCAAUGAUGGUAAAACGUGGACCAAUCAGAACGUACGUCAAUAAAAAGAGGGCAGCCAAUAAGAACACUACGCUUGUUAAAGCUCCUGCCAACAAGAGCACCACCCCUGUCAAGAGGGAGACCAAGGCCACCCAAGCUUCUGGAAAGACAUGCAAACCCCAGACACAAGCGGGACAGGAGGAUGAUGAUGAUGAUGAUGAUGAGGAGGACGACGACAGCGACGAUGGCGAUGAUGAUGACGAGGACGACGAUGAGAAUGACUCUUCAACAUCUUCAUCAUCCAUCGAGUCUGACGAUGGAGGUUAUGAUCCUAAUGCACUUUACUGCAUCUGUCGCCAGAAACACAACAAAAGGUUCAUGAUCUGCUGCGACCGCUGCGAGGAGUGGUUCCAUGGCGACUGUGUCGGCAUCACCGAGGCCCGCGGGCGCCUGAUGGAGAGAAACGGGGAAGACUACAUCUGCCCCAAUUGCCACGCUAAGAAAAACCAGGUGGUCAGACCCGCCACAUCUAUCCUCUCCAUGAGCACAGAGAUAGGGAAGCUCAGAGCUGACGCCCCUCCUGUGGUUUGUGCUCUCGCCGUUUCUGCGGCAACUGCUGAGAAAACGAACACCAGUGGAGUGAACUCCACGCAGUCAGCUGUUCAGGCACCACCUCCAUCCUCUACUGGGACUGAGGAGAAGGCAGCAGAGGACCUGGGCAUCAAAGGCAGGAUAGAAAAAGCAACUAAUCCAACUGGGAAAAAGAGGAUAAAGAUCUUUCAGCCGACUAUACAGCAGCCAGCCGGGCCGAAAGACCAGAAAUCUGCACCAACCGUGGACAGGAAGGCGGUGCCGACAGCAGAGCAAAAAGCAGCGCCAGGCGCAGAGCAGAAAGUGGCGUCGAACGUGGAAGUGAACACGACACCAGAGGUGCCAGAGGAGAAGGCCGGGCAGAAGGCUGAGGAUGAGUCUUCCCUUCCGAAGUGUAUCGGGCCCGGCUGCGAGAAUAACGCCCAGCCAGACUCUGUGUACUGUGGCAACGACUGCAUCCUGAGACAUGCGGCGGCAGCCAUGAAGUCCAUCACUGACGUCAAAGAGCCCAAGCAGAAAGACAAGGCCAAGGCUCAGAAAACAAAGGCUACACCAAAGAAGAGUGGUGCCAGUGGGAAGAGGGCGCAGAAAACGAGCCGGGACGAGUCGGACAGCGAGGAAGAUCACAGCCCUGAUCCAGAUGAGGACGACGAAGACGCGCAUGCUGAGGAACACCCGCCCCCGCCGGCCACUGCAUCCUGGUCCAGCGACCAUAAUUACAUUGCAGUAACACCAGAAAAGACUACACCCAUAUCACCAACAGUGUUAAACAAAAAGUCCCCUCCAAAAGAAGAGAAGCAGAGUGAGAAGGAGCCAUCACCGGCUCCUGAGAAACCUUCCCCAGCAUCCACAACGUCAGUCAAAGGAUCCAAGAGGUCACCACCCUCUAGAGCAGCCAAGGUUUCCUCGAAGGGCAAGAAGUCUUCCCUUCAGACUACCAGCUCAAAGACAUCCAAGAAACCUUCGACACCUCUGAGUAAAACGGCAGCAAAGUCCAAGAAACCAGGCCUGUCGCCCGUCCAUACCCCAUCUCCCUUCCCUCCAGGUCCGGUCCAUGUCACAGGAGCACUGAGAGUCACCAAGUCCAACUUUACCAUUCCUAAGAAGCAACCACAACCAAAGGAUGCUCCAUCCCAUAGUCGGUCCUCCUCUAGAGUCCCAUCAUCUCCCUCCAACCACUCCUCCUCUUCCAGACCUUCACAUUCAGCUGCUUCAGCACCCCCCGUGUCCCCUAUGCCGCCACCACCCAAUAACCAGAUGAGACAGAACAUCCGGCGCUCGCUGACAGACAUCCUCUAUAAGAGGGUGAGCGACAGUGAUGAUCUGAAAAUGACUGAGAGCGAGGUGGGACGACUGGCUGUUGCCAUUGAAAAGGAAAUGUUCAAUCUCUGCCUUAGCACUGACAGCAAGUACAAGAACAAGUACAGGUCCCUCAUGUUCAAUCUUAAAGAUCCCAAAAACAAAGGCCUGUUCUACAGAGUUGUGGGUGGCGAGGUUAGUCCCUUCAGACUGGUGAGACUAAGUGCUGAAGAGUUGCUUUCCAAAGAGAUAUCAGAGUGGAGGAAGCCAGAUGCUCCUGAGGCCCAGUCUCCCAGUGCAAGGGGCCAUUCGGGGCAGUCCAAACUGGGCAACAGGCAUGACUCUGGCUCACACAGCAUAGAUAUGGAAGAUGCUCCACCAACAUCUGAUGCAGAUGUAUGUAUCUCUAGCACCUCUUCAUCUGCUCGCAUGGCCUCUGCUGCAGACCAAGAUGAGUCUCCUUUGUCUUCGGCUCAACCUUCUGCUGUGGAGGGGAACAGCAGCAGCAUGCCAGACAUUUUCAGUACCAUGCUCAAAGACACUACUUCUGAACACAGAACUCAUCUAUUUGACCUCAACUGUAAAAUAUGCACAGGUCAGAAGAUGGAAGAUGAGCCUGCAGCUAAGAAACCCAAACUGACCAAGAAGCCUGAAACUAAACCGCCCAGACAAGAGCUGCAUUUGUCCAGGUCAGGGGAUGUCCCUCCUGCUGGCCAAUCGCAGGUCCCCACAUCUUACCAGCACCAAGAUCCCUUAGCCUACCAACAACCAGUCCCUCCAUCCUACCAGUCUAACGUGGAGCCAGCUGUUCCAGAAACACAGUCACAGCUUUAUCAGGAGGACCUGAGUAUGCUGGUGCCUCCAGCCCCAGCCCCUGCGCCCAUCGCCCCCACUGUGUCCUCUGUUAGCAUCACCCGCAGAGACCCGCGCAUGGCCAGGCACAGUUCCAGUGUAACCGUCACCUACACUGCUCCAGAAAAACCCAUCAACAACAACUCAGCAGAAUCACUCCCAGCUCCUGUGAGUGUUCCAGUGGAAGUUGGACCCAAGGCACCACUGCCGAUGCCCCCAGCUCCACCACCUUCAGCAGCCGUGUCCAAACCAGCCAAAACAAGUGUGCCCGAGCCUCCUCUUGAGGGUGAGACAGCAAUCUUCCUCCACGGUCAAGAGAAGAUUUGGAAAGGACUCAUUAAUAUGCAGUCGGUGGCCAAGUUUGUGACCAAGGCUUAUCUGGUGUCAGGAUCCUUUGAACAUCUGAAGGAGGAUUUGCCAGACACCAUUCAUGUUGGUGGACGCAUAUCUCCAAACACAGUGUGGGACUAUGUCGGGAAACUGAAAACGUCACUCUCCAAGGAACUGUGUUUGAUCCGUUUCCAUCCAGCCACAGAGGAAGAGGAGGUGGCAUAUGUCUCUCUCUUCUCUUACUUUAGCAGCAGGAAACGAUUUGGUGUAGUGGCUAACAACAACCGUCGCAUCAAAGACCUUUAUCUCAUCCCACUGGGCUCAAAGGACCCAUUACCCUCCAAACUAUUACCGUUUGAUGGGCCAGGGCUUGAACCAGCUCGUCCCAACCUCCUCCUGGGGCUGCUGAUCUGUCAGAAGGACCGGAAGCGAGCAGGUGCUCCGUUGGAAACUGAAGAAAAACGGUCCAAGACUCAAACCAAAGAUGUCGAUGACACCAGCCUUCCAAAGCCAUCUGCUUCAGUCAGAGCAGAGAGAAGCAUGCGGCAGAGUCUUGAAAUUCCCUUCAGCACGACACCUCCAGGAUCACCUCCAAGCAGCUCUUCUGAGACCUCCAGCAGCACUGUGACCACCUCCUCAGUCCUUUCCUUACUGUCUUCUGUCAAAGCUCCAGCCACAUCCACUACCACUGGCAAGGACUCCCCAUCUUCAUCCAGCUCUGUUGCUUCCUCUGCAGCAACUGCCACUCCUCUUCAGACCAUCCUCAAUACUCUAUUUGGGAAGAAAAAGCAUGACUCUGAAGCUUCCAAUUCACCGUCUGAUCAUGGCGGGGAACUCUCUGUCCCGCCUACAAUGCUAGACCCCAUUGUGCAGCAGUUUGCACAGAAUUUUAAAGAGAAACCGGUAGAGGAGGAUGAAGAUGACCGGCCAUAUGAUCCAGAAGAAGAGUAUGACCCCAGUAAGGGCUACAAUGCACCUAAGAAGCCUGUUGAAGUACUAAGCAAACCUGAAAUCUCAAAGCAGCCUCCAGUUGUUGCAAAUGAAGGUGAUGAUGUGGCAUAUGACCCAGAGGAUGACUCAAUUUUUGAAGAUGUCAAAACUUUAGUACCAGGUCAAGCUAAGGCUGCAGCAGAAUCUACAACUAAUCCACAAAAGAUCUUGGAGAGCCUUAAAAAGAUUGGGGAUCAGACCUUCCAGAAACAGGGAGAGCAACAAACAUCAUCCACAGGGACACUUCCAGACACUCUCUUAAUUCAACCUACUAAAUCUCUUUUGGCCAAUACACAGCUACUGCAGCUUGGCAAAAAGGUUGAGGAACUAGUAAAGUCUUCAUCAGUCACUCCCUUGAUCAACCAGAGGCGAGAUCCCCGACAGAGCAGGGAUCCUCGACAUGCAACGGCUGACAGGAAACCAUCUGAUGAAUCUGAGGCAUCCACUCUGUUGCCGGAUUCUACUCCUUCACAACCUGCGGUUCAAGAACCUCAGCUGUCCAGUGUACCUGAACUCCCAGACAUCUCACAGGGCCAAGAAGCCUCGCUGCUUCAAGAGGAAGUGAAAAGUGAGAUGCUGCCUUUCAUGGAGUCAGACAAGGCAGAGGUGUCAAUUCCAUUAUUAGGAGAGGCGGUGGAACCUGAUAUGGAGGUGAACUACAUGGGUGAGAAAGAAGAGAAAUCUGAGGAAGCUGAGCCCAUCAAGACAGAAACAGAGAUGGACAAGUACAGUAUAUGGCCAAAUGCUGCUAGUAUUUUAAAACCCGGUGAGGACUCGGAGUAUGACGAGAACAGCCAAGAUACACCAACCACAAGUUAUUAUAAUGAGCCUGCAAACACCUCCGCGAUAACUUCGACAAUACCAGUUCUUACUCAGAGCACAGCAAUGGUCGACACUCAGUCCCAUCACAUGCCACAUCAUUUGCCGGCGUCAGGCUUUGACAGUGAGUACAGACCUCCAGCUGACAUUCCCCCACCAUCCAACUUCCCCCCACCCCAUCUGAUGCAGGGACAAAACAUGAUAAUGAGGCCUCCGCCAAUGUCUAUACCACCACCCAUGCAAGGCCUUCCUCCAAUGUCAGGCCCCCUUCCUAUCCAGGGACCCCCUCCAUCCAUCCAUGUUCCUCCCCCUGUACGUGGUCCUCCGCCCAUGCCAGGUGAGAACAGCCAGCAAUAUGGUCCACCUCCAGCUGCAUACCCUCCCUAUCAGAACCAAUGGCCAGGCACCCAACCACCACCACAGCAACAGCAGCCUCCUGGUCCAGUUUCUCAGAAUAUCAUGCCACCCAGAGGACCACCACCACCAUUCCCUCCAAUGGCCCAGAGAGGCCCUGCUCCUCAAAUGUUUGAUCCCUCCAUUCCUCCUCAGCACAUUGGACAGCAAGGCCCACCUCCAGGCCUCCCUCCACCUCCUACUUUUGAUGGACAGAACAGUUUACCCCCACCAAGAUUCACUGGUCCUCCACCACCAUUUAAUUUCCCAGCAAACAGAGGUCCUCUGCCACCUUUCACAGGGCCACCUCCCGCUCACUUUGAUAACAGACUCCCUCCUCCGUCCCACUUCCCAGGGCCCAGGGGUCCUCUGCCAUCUCAGUAUGGUGACCAUGGGGCUCAACCUCCAAUGGGAGACCAACCUCGAGGGCCUGCAGAACAGUAUAAUAAAGACAAUUCAAACUCAUUUAAGCUUAACGUGGACCAGAAUACAAACCCACUCCAUAUUUUUAAAGACAAUCAGGGUCCCCCGUCAGCAUACCGGGGACCUCCAACUAACCAGUAUGAGGACAGAAGAGGCCCACCUUCUAGUGGUGAGAUGAGCGGACAGCACUUCAGUCCACAUAACCAGUAUGGAAGCUCCCGACCACACUCUUCGCCUCCACAUCGAGGAUCUUUUGAUGAGCACAGAGGUCCUCCCUCUCAUGAGAAUAGACCACACUCGUCUCAGCGCUUUGGAGGAUCAGAGCGGUACCGCUUUGAUAGGCAUUCUGAUGAGGCUAGACCUGUUCGCCACAGUGGGCCACUACUGCCAACUCCUCCAGAGGCUCCAUUAGGUCCACCGGGUCGCAUGGGAGCCCACAGUCCAGACAUGCACAGGGACGACCACUGGCGCCGCCAUUCUCCUGAGAUAAGGAGGAGGAGCAGCACCACCCGAGAAGACUCAGAUCCCCACAGCCUAGAACGUUUCAGUCGCUUCGAAGGAGGCCACAGAGACCCUCCUCCUGGUCCCCUACAGCCCCCCGAGGAGAGACCAAGGGAGCUGUCAGAGGACCACCGGAGGGAAAGAGAGAGGGAAGUUCCUCACGCUGGCAGGCCAUCAUGGGACAGGGGCCAGGGCAAGCGGUGGAGCAGAGAACGAGAGUGGGAUCGAAGCAGAGAUAGGGAUCGUGAUCACGAGCGUAGCCGAGAAAGAGAUCGCAGCAGAGGGAAGGAGGGUGAGAGGCACAGGGAGAUGGAGGGAGAGCGACACAGGGAUCAAGACACAGACAAGAGGAGAGACCGGGAAAGAGACAGGGAAAGGGAGAGACCCAGGGAUUCUGACAGGAGGGACUACGACCGCGACAGAGGGAGAAACCGUGACCGAGAACGUGAGCGGGAACGGGAACGUGACCGUGAGCGGGAACGUGACCGUGACCGUGAGCGUGAUCGAGACAGGAGACGUGACAGAUCCCGAAGCAGGGAUCGUGACAGGGACAAAGACCGUGCAAAAGACCGUGGCAGAGACAAAGACAAAGACAGAGACAAAGACAAAGACAGAGACAAAGACAGAGAAAGGGACAGGGACAGAGACAGAGACAGAGACAGAGACAGAGACAGGGAUAGGGAUAGGGAUAGGGAUAGGGAAAAAGAGAGGGAGAGGGAUAAAGACAAAGAUAGAGAGAGAGAUAGAGACAGAGACAGGGACAAAGACAAAGACAAAGAUAGGGAUCGUCGGGACAGGAGCAGAAGCAGAGAAAAGAGAGAGGAGAAAAAGGACAAUAAACAUGAUACAUCCAAGGAGAGUGACAAAACUGCAGAAAAUGAGAAGAGGGUGUCCUAAUUUCCAUGGGCACUACUUUACGGUUUUGAGAAACACUUUAACCUUUCACCAGUUGAAGUCAUCGCUGUAAAUGUAGAUUAACAGUAUUUCGUUAAAUUUCCAGUUGUGUUCAUACUAGAAAAAUGUUUGACAAUGUUUGUAUUCUUUUUGUCACUUAAAGGUUUCUAAUUUCUUUUAUCACGUUUGAAAAACAAAACUGAAGGCCAUCUAAGUUGCUUGUGUAUUAAGUAGGCUGAGUCCUAUUACAUGUACCUUUCUCCUGUCAAAGCAUUUUUUUAAGAAAACAAAAGUGUAAGUGAUUAACACACCAUUUUGCAAUAUGUAAAUAUGAAUGUAUUUGUGUAUAUACUGAUGUUUUUAAUCAUACUUUUCUAAGUAGAGAAAUUAAAGCCAUAUAUCUGAAAUGGAUAAUGUGAAAGUUAAGGCAACACUGUUUACACACAAAUGUGUGUUUAUGUCCGGCAGGUUUGAUCCUAAAGGCUCCAAACUACCCGCAGUAUACACCCCAUCAGUGGUUGUUAAUGAAAUGUCCUGAUUUUGUUUCACUUCAACCAAUUAAACCGUUUGAUGACAUGUGCA